AUGGCGACCUUUUACGAUCGUAUCGCUGGUGGUCCUGUGCGGCACAAGCGCAAGGGCAUUCCCAUGCGCUCGCCGUGCCAAAGAGACAUGGUCGAGGCACCUGGAGUAGUGUUCCGGUUCCCUGACAAAAUCAGCAGCAGCCCCGAGCUGAAGCCGGUGGUUCCCGGACUGAACAUCCUGCCCUUCUCGGCCGGCCUGCCCUCGGGCAACGGUGCCAAGUCUGCGGCCGCCGUUAUAGCUGCGGCCGCUGCGGUUUCGGCUGCUGGCAGUCCCACACUCCGCUACCACGCGCUCUUGCCAUCCAGCGCCAUUGUUGCUGCUACUUCCAAUGCCCCUGCUACUACUACCAUCACUGCCGCUACUAUUGGCGCACUCACAACAGCAGCGACAGCAGCAAAUGCCGCGCAGGCCGCUCACACCACGGCUACUGCCGAUUUGUUGCGGCGGGGCGACGCCGAAGUGGAAAUUAGCUCGACUUUCAGCACUCCGAUCCUCAGACCCACUGGCUCGGCCAUCCCGAUCCACCGCUCAGCCAGCAACGUUCUGCACUACCCAGAGCUUCUCAGCGACUUGCGCGACAAGCUGAUGCAGGUUCAUCAGAUCAGCCACCACCACAACAACAACAACAACAGCAGCAGCAGCAGCAACAGCAACAAUGCCGCUUCAAGUGGCGUCGAGAGCGACGAAAAUCACACAAUCAAGCGCGUGGGGCGUGGCAAGCGUGCGGGCAAAUCCACCGCGGCUGCUGCUGCUGCGCCUGCUUCGCGUGGUUCGGGAUCGUCGCCCGGCCCCGCCCCUGGCUCUUCUGUCGGAGGCAGGGGGUCGAGUGUUUUGCGCACGACGCUGCGCUCGCGGCACGAGACGGGGGCAGCGGCUGCGGCUGCGGCUGCAUCUGGAGGCGCCACUUCCGGCAGCGCCACUGCCUCCUCCGCCUCCCCUGUAUCCAUAGCCUUCCAACGGCGGCACUCCAUUGGCACAAUCCAGUCGCAGGUGGACGAGGACGAGGACUCUGAAAUUGUCGUCGAUGACGAUGGCGAUGCUGGCGCCGCUGCUAAUGUCGUUUCGGCACCCACGCAGCACGUGCAGCAUGCGCCCACGCAGCAGCAGCAGCGCAGUCAGGUGGGCGCAGCGGCCAAGCGGCACCCGAAAGAGGGCGGCAGGGCCAGCAGCGUUGGCAACAAGGCCAGGCGUGCGUCAGCUGAGGCGAGUGCGGAGACACCGCGGGUCACCAAGCGCAAGCGCGACGCCAAAGAGGACACAGCCGACCACCGCAGCCGCUCGCCCGCGGCCAAGCGCUCAGCACUCCAGCUGCCCGUGGCCGAGGGCGGCAGCACCCCAGCAGCCGCCUCUUUGGCAGCUGUCUCCAAGCCCGCCAGCUUUAACAGCAACCCGAGCAGGCGGUCCUGCGCUUCCUGCGGCUCCUGCACAACCCCCUGCUGGCGGCCUGGACUGAUCGACAGUAUGACUCUGUGCAACUUGUGCGGGCUGCGGUUCAAGAAGGGCAACGUGUACUGUGGCUCUUGCAGCUACGUCCCGACGAAGACCGAAAUCGCAACCGGCGGUGCCUCUGCUUGCAAGCGCUGUCUUUUGCCCAUCCGCAUGAACAAUGUGAACAGUGCGUCGGCUGGGGGGGCGAUUAUGUCGUCGCCACUUGUUGUGCUGUCUUCGUCAAAGAAGAACGCUGUCGCAAAGGUUAAGGCUUCUGCUGCUAAUGCCGCUGCUGCUCAUGCUGCGCCACGCGUCAUCCUUCCAAACAAUCAUAGCUCUGCUAUCCAGCGGCAGCCACAGAACGGCAGCACUCCGCAGCAGCAGCAGCAGCAGACUAAGCAUAUCGGCUACUAA